AUGACCCCGAUUAUCAACAACCUUCCUUCAGACAACCUUCCAGCGGACGUUGACUAUCCCGUGCAAGCUGAUCCUAUCAAAACAGCCGCUGACCCAAUUGCUGGCUACCAAUUCGGUAGGUAUCAAAUCAUGGGAGCUGACCGACAGAUGUGGAUAGAAGAUCCGAAGACACCUAUGUGUCCAGUAGAGCGCUCAUUACUUGACAUUACGGCGAUGAUUACGGAGUUCACACGGGGACAACCGAUCUGGUACAUUGAGUAUGAUAGAAUCUGGGACCCCCCUUUCAGGAUUCUCGUUGACCUGGAGAGAAUGGAUCUCCCAACAACUGGCCAUUACCAUCAGUUUACGAUUUGCAAGGAAAGCACUAACAAGGUCAGGCGGCCUGUGCCCAACCACCAUGACUUGUUCACAGGACCGGGCGUUUUGGUUGUGGCACUAAUGUACAGAGCCGACGGGCCCAUGUGGUCUGAUAUUGCCAUUGCGCAAUACAAAACCCGCUUCCCGAUCGAUACUCUGCAACAUAUAUAUAUCGACAACUGCACCAAUACCGAGACUGAACCAUUGGUCACUAUGCUUAUGGGGGGCUCUCAAGAUGCAUGGUACGGUAUUACUCCUCAACAGUCCAAGACUCAGGUGCCUACGGUCUUUGAGUAUGGCACACCAUCUUAUCAGGCUCUUCUAGGAUCUGCGACUGGUAAGGCAGUCGCGGCCCUUAUUUUGGGGGCUUUCCCAAGAGGUACGUGGCGUAUCGCCAAAAUUGCUUGCUGGUACUACUGGGGUAUCAACAUGCGGUUCGAUAUUGAGCCAGUCCCUCAACCUUCUCUUUACACCGAGUCUUGA